AUGAAGUUGUCUUUUACCCUCUUUCCUGCCUUGCUCGUUGCUCUACCUACCUAUAUUGGUGCCGUCCAGCUCCGGUACGACAACCACUAUGACGAUGCCAAUGGAUCCAUGAACAUAGUUGCCUGUUCUAAUGGCGUCAAUGGGCUCGCUAGUCGAUUCCCUACAUUUGGUUCAGUACCUGGCUUCCCCCAUAUCGGUGCGGCGGAUGUUAUUGCUGGAUUCGACUCUCCCAACUGCGGUGCAUGCUUCCGUGUCACCUACACCAAUUCGCAAGGAGUGACAAGGAGCAUCAAUGUCGUCGCUAUCGACCACGCCGGUACUGGGUUUAAUGUCGCACAACGAGCGAUGGAUGAUUUGACCGGUGGUCAAGCUGUUGCUCUUGGAACAAUUGACGUUCAAUCAACGCGUCUCUCCCCAUCUGACUGUGGACUUUAA